AUGUUCAACUCAUUAGACCGAGGCGCGUACGAACGCGAGAUAAUUGUCUAUCAGUUGAUUAGAGGUUGGAGCACAGUGGAAUAUGUGGGGACGGAGAUCACAACCGCUAAUAGGAGAACGCCCAUUGGCAGAAUAGCAGCUACAACGCUAGACAACUUCAUAGGUGUGAUGUUGAACAAGACAGGGGUAAUGGACGAUGACAACAUCUUUAACAAGAAUGACAUUGACCGGACAUGGGCUGCGGUACCCAUCAGAUCUGACUACGUAGGACAGAGGUCAUCCAUAGCCUACACCGCAGCGUUUCAAAGUAUCAUUACCUGGGGGCACUGA